ACUCAGUGGUUACAGAUGGGUGGGCCUGGCCCGGACCCCACAUCUCAGACCCCACGUCUCAGACCGCACGUUUCCCUACAGCUGCAGCUGAACUACCUGGGCAACUACAUCCCGCGCUUCUGGACCUUCGAGACGGGCUGCGCUGUGUGUGACGAGGGCCUGCGUAGCCUCCAGGGCAUUGGGGAUGAAGCUCUGCCCACAGUCCUGGUCGGCGUGUUCAUCGAACAGCCCACGCCGUUCCUAUCGCUGUUCUUCCAGCGGCUUCUUCGUCUCCGCUACCCCCGGAAGCAGAUGCGGCUUUUCAUUCACAACCACGAGCAACACCAUAAGGCUCAGGUGGAGCAGUUCCUGGCAGAGCACGGCGGCGAGUACCAGUCCGUGAAACUGGUGGGCCCCGAGGUUCGGGUGGCCAAUGCUGACGCCAGGAACAUGGGCGCGGAACUGUGCCGGCAGGACCGGAGCUGUACCUACUACUUCAGCGUGGACGCCGACGUGGCCCUGACUGAGCCGAAAACCCUGCGCCUACUGAUCGAGCAGAACAAGAACGUCAUCGCCCCCUUGAUGACCCGCCAUGGGAGGCUGUGGUCGAACUUCUGGGGCGCGCUGAGUGCAGAUGGCUACUACGCCCGCUCCGAGGACUAUGUGGACAUUGUGCAGGGCCGGCGUGUGGGCGUCUGGAACGUGCCCUACAUCUCGAACGUCUACCUGAUCAAGGGCAGUGCCCUGCGGGCCGAGCUGCAGCAGACAGACCUUUUCCACCACAGCAAGCUGGACCCCGACAUGGCCUUCUGUGCUAAUAUCCGGCAGCAGGAUGUGUUCAUGUUCCUGACCAACCGGCACACCUUUGGCCGCCUGCUCUCCCUGGACAGCUACCAGACCAGCCACCUCCACAAUGACCUCUGGGAGGUGUUCAGCAACCCCGAGGACUGGAAGGAGAAGUACAUCCACGAGAACUACACCAAGGCCUUGGCAGGGAAGCUGGUAGAGAUGCCUUGCCCAGACGUCUACUGGUUCCCCAUCUUCACGGAGGCGGCCUGUGACGAACUGGUGGAGGAGAUGGAGCACUAUGGCCAGUGGUCUCUGGGAGAUAACAAGGACAGCCGCAUCCAGGGUGGCUACGAAAACGUGCCCACCAUCGACAUCCACAUGAACCAGAUCAGCUUUGAGCGGGAGUGGCACAAGUUCCUGAUGGAGUACAUCGCCCCCAUGACGGAGAAGCUCUACCCCGGCUACUAUACCAGGGCCCAAUUCGACCUGGCCUUUGUUGUCCGCUACAAGCCGGACGAGCAGCCCUCGCUCAUGCCGCACCAUGAUGCCUCCACCUUCACCAUCAACAUCGCCCUGAACCGGGUUGGCGUGGAUUACGAGGGCGGGGGCUGUCGGUUCCUGCGCUAUAACUGUUCCAUCCGAGCCCCGCGGAAGGGCUGGACCCUCAUGCACCCUGGGCGACUGACGCACUACCAUGAGGGGCUCCCCACCACCAGGGGCACCCGCUACAUCGCCGUGUCCUUCGUCGAUCCCUAAUCGGCCAGGCCAGGCCACCUCGGACCUCUUCCUCUUUGCCAACAACCACUGCCCAGCAGCACUCUGGGGCCUCGGGGUCCCAGCCUCCAGGCUCUUGGAGCCCCCAUCGGAGAGACUCGGCCACAAGCCAGAGGCAGAGCCCACCUCCUCGGCUGGGGCUUUCAUGGUGCUCUGGACCCUGCCCAGGGAGACACUGUUCCUGUUCAUUGCUUUGUAGCAACUUGUCCUUUUCCCACCCGGCUUCCUGAAAAAACCCAGGCCUCUUCCUCUGCUUCUUCCGUGGGGGUGGGGAUGGGGGGGUCCUUGAGCAGAACAGGUGCUUAGCCAGCUGCCCAGAGAGGCUCUAGGGGCGACAGGGCACCCCCGGAGCUCCUCCCAGGCAGAACCGCAGCCCCAGGACUUCUGCUUCGGGCCUCGGGGCAAACACAGAGACCUGGAUCAGAUUCAGCGCUCUCCCUGCCCCUGGGGACUGCUGAAGCCCCUUUCUCCAUGGCUCCUGUUGUGGGAGCAGAACCUUGAGCCCUGGAGAGAAUGACUCGGAAAAUCUCCUGGGAGACGGGAAAGGUAUCAAUGCCACAGCUUUGUCCUCGGUGUGCGGGGAAGGAGUGAGACGCCCACACACUGCAGUGCGUCACCCUGUCCUGGAUGCCUCCGGAGAGAGGGACAGAUGGUCAGAAACAGGAGAGUUUCUAUUAAAGGUCAUUCAAACCACA